GCAAGAGAUCGAUCGGCGGCUUGGGGACCAGUCUCUAGAGUUAGAUUUAACCCGGCUGUGCGACUAGAAGUGCGUUUCUCUUUGUUGUCGUGUGUCCAACCCAUUUUCACCCCCUAGUGAACAUCCUGCGCGAUUCCCCUGGCCUGUUAUAAGGUGUAGGCGGAAAAGCGGAUCAGGCAGAGACCUGAGGCCACCAAGGAGCGGCAGUCUCGCCUGCCCAGCAUCGCCCAAACCCUCCUCCCCCUCUUCCUCCUCCUCCUCCUCCUCCUCCUCCUCAUCCUCCUCAUCCUCCUCCUCGUCCAGUUCGACCUGCCGCAGACGUCAAAGGCAGCAGCAGCCCUGUAGGCGACCCCGCCCCCUGACGGUGGCAGCAGGAGCAGACGCGGCGGCAGCAGCGGUGGAGUCCUGAUGGUGGAGCUAGCUGCCCUAUGUUGAGCCUUCGUCUCGUCUCGACCCGUUCACUGAAACAGCCGUAGACAGCGUGCACCAUGUGUCGCGAUAGAGAUAUGAACCCAUAAACCAGCGAGAAAAAAAACAUCAUCCUAUUUUCUUCGUUACCUGCCCGCAAGCACGUACCACAGAUAUAUUCAUAUACAAUCAUUCAAGUAUUUCUCUCUCUCCCAGUAAGUUAGGCUUGACUGUAAGACUCUUAUCGUAACGUAUAUAAAUAUAAAUAAAUCAGUGUGUCUGUAUCAAAUAUAUAUAUAUUAUAUCAAUAUUGCUUGUAUCAGCCACUGAGCUGCUUCUCUCGUAACCGCUGAACAGAAUCGACGGAAGGGUGAUUUUCUUCUGUAUUCUGCCGCCCUCUCUCUUGGCCGAGUUGGUCGCCUCCACCACACGCCUCGGAGGACCUUCCUUCCCAAUCAAUCGUUGUGUUUCGGCUCUGGAGUUCUUCUUCUUCUUCCUCCUCCUCCUCCACCUCUCCUUCUUCUUCUUCUUCUUCUUCUUCCCUUUCCUAUCUGCACUCCCGCAGCGAGAGAUUGGUUCUCCAUUCAGGGCUUGAUACCCUUACCCCGGAGUUAUUUUUCGAGUGCGGCUACAACGCACACAACAAGGGCGCGCACAACGCCGUUUCGGCCUGACCAGAAAAUACAAGAGUCAAGAGAAAUAGAAGAAAAAAAAAGAAUCUGUUGGACCCCCAAAUUUUUUUGGAAUUUUGACGAGUCGUUUGCUUGAGAAAGCUACGGAAGCCAUUCUUUCAUUUUCUUUCUCUCCCGUUGCUCUUCCCCUCUUCUGACACAUUGUCUGUCCGUCUCUGUCUGUCUGUCUGUCACGCUACCCCCUAGAAAGAGAACUGUUAAUUUUCCUACGGCGAUUUCGAGAGACGACGAUUAUUGAAUGGCAGGAACAGGUACUGGGCUUCAGCGUGAGAGGUAAAACCGAAGUAUUAGCGUUGUGAAGCUUCUAUCUGAGAAACACACGUUGUUUACACGAACUUUUUUCUUUCUCGGACAUAUUCGAUGGUUUUGGGUGAAUUCUCUUUAUAAAUAUGUAUAUAACAUAAAGUAUAAGAUAAAAGAUAUAUGACGCCAGAGAAAAUACGCUUUAAGAGAGUGUGAUAUUUACGCGAGAGGAAAGAGGCAGUUAUAUGUUACGUAAAUAAAUAAAUAUAUAUCUAUAUUAGUGGGUGUGUAGACCUAAGGAAAGUUUCGUUCGAAAGUACUGCAAGCAUGACAUGAGAAGAAGAAGAAGGAAGAUCUGAGGCCUAUUAAUUCUUUGAACUUAGCAUUGUAAGGAGAAAAUCUCAGCUCUUCAUUUCGCCCUAGAUUUCGUGAGGCAAGAGAGAGAAAGAGGAUUUCAAAGCCCAAGUAUAUCGUUGUUUUCACGCGAAAUUGUUUGAAAGGAAGCCGGUGGAAUUCGGCGGUUGGAGCGUUUAUUUGCGCAGAAGUAGAGUAAUGUUCUUUAAGAAGCAGACGGCUCCUCAAGCCAAGACUUUCGAUCUGUCAAGUUACUGUUAAGAAUCUUUAGUAAGCAGCCUUUUAUAUAUUGCUCGGGUGAUUUUCACCGGUAUCAGACACCCAAGGGAAUUGAAGUCGUAGUUUGGGAGGCGUCUGAAACAAGCUUUCCAAGUUGAGAACCCAGCAAGAAGCUUUGAAAGUCGAUUUGCCCCGCAAGAUAAGUCAAGUGACUGAUCUCUAGAGAGUCCCAGAAAAGACACAAAGAAAGAAGAUAACAGGUGACACUUCAUCUCGACCCAGAACAAUUAACAAAACACAUGUGACUUUUAAGCAGUGAAUUACAGUGCCAAUUAGAAUUUUCUUCCCGUUUUCUACCACCACUCCGUAGACCUCCAAGAUUCCAAUUGACUCCACCUCCAGCCUUUAUAAAGAAGGCUGACAGGUGGCGGAUUUUGUGCGUUGCUUGACUGGACCCGAGUCUUGGGCCCAUCCAAGUUCUAAUCACGGAGCCUUUCACCCAGUCGCCCCCAACUCGCCCAGGAGCGCCCUUAGGCCCCCUGGGAAUCCCGCAGGCUCCCUUCGGACCACCUCGUCCACCUCCUUCGACACCGCUGACGGCUGCCGCCGCAUCCUUCUUCCUCCUGCGAAGAGCGCCCUUCGUCGCUUCCCCAGCCGCCCCCACCACCGCCAGUAGCUCCCGUCGUAGCAUCUCCAGUAGCCUUUGGUUCCACCGCCUGCAUUCCUCCUGCAGCCCCUUUUGCGAGAAGGGAUUCGGAGGAGGUUAGAGAGGACCGACCAAGAACCUCCAAGGAUUGGCUGUAAGAGCCAUGCGCCGACCAUCCUUCUGCUGCGACCAACAUGGAGAAGGAGGAGAGGGCGACCCUAAGUGUCAACCCCAGUUUUCAUCUAGAUAUUUCGUCACCUCUGCUGUCUUUUCUGAGAAUUUGCAAUCUCUUACUAAUUACUAUUUAUGAGGAGGCCGAGAGCACCCUGGCCCGGGUACGCCGAUUUUUAGCUGUGUCUAUGGGCGCACGCCCCGCCACCCGCACACCCACAAGAUGCAAGCACCAUGCCCUUCCUCCAGACCUUCACGCUCCUGCCCACGCGGUUCACUCCCUCCUGGCAGACAUGAAGAACGCGGGCGUCGGGGUACAGGGUGUCCUGGGACGCCCUCUGGAAGAGGUAAUGGCUGCCCAUGGCGAAGACUCCAACGGGCACGGCGUGCCCACUUUGGUUCACCUGCUGUGCUGCUUUUUGCUUACACAUGGUGUUGAUUAUGAUACGCUGGUGAGCGAGGACUGGUGUGACGAAGAGGUACGAACGCGUCUUCUGCUGGAACGAGGAGCCUCAGGUGUGGCACCAGAUGCCCAGGAGGCACCGCCAGGUUCCGAAUCCGCAGUGGCCACGGGUCUCCUCCGCUUGUUCCUCGACGAGUUACCGCACGCCCUUCUGCCUUCUGAUGUAGCCCCCCGGCUGUUGCUUCUGGCCGCAGAAAGCGGCAUCGGCGAGAACGACGAGGACCGUCGCAGCGGCGUCUGCGCAGACGUCGACGUGGGUUCCGUGGGGAUAUCUGGAGUCGGAGAGCCCGAAGGAGAGACGAGGAGCGGCGUCGGUCUGUGCGUGGCCGUGGUGCCCAAACUGAGGCGUCUCUUGCACCGCCGUCUGCCCAUCCACAACUUGUGCCUCGUGCGCUACCUGACGGCCUUCAUUCAUCAGCUGAGGACCAGCAACCACAACACAUGCCCUGUGCCCGUUGAUUCACUGAGCCGCGUCCUGGGACGAGUGUUGAUCAAAGAGGACGACCAGAGCGAGAGGGCCUCGGCCAACAGGCUGGGAGAACUUCUGAUUUUGUGCUAUAGCGACAUUUUCCAGAGCAACAGUGACAUUCUGGACGAUGACCAAGAUGAUUACAGCGACAGCGUGAGCAGCCCCGGCAGCGGAGUCGACUCCCGCGAAGACGGAGUCAUCGACGAGGCCUACGACGACGAGGAGGAUGACCCCGACACCACCACCACCGAUACGGACGACUUCCGAUCGCCUCCCGUCUCGCCUCUGAAGGUGGCUCGACCCAGGGGACCACAGGGGAUGAGGGGAGGCCUCCUGCCCCUCAACUUGCAACCGCCUCCGGUGACCACAAGGUUGACUGAAGUAGGGAGUGGAAGCAGCCCCAACAACGGCAACAGCGCCAGGAGCGGCAGAGCCCUCGGAAAGAGCACCCUUUAUGGCGGCGGAAGUAGCGCCUGGACGUCGCCCUCCACCAUGCCCGGUGGGGGCUCGACAGACAAGCCGCGGGUGACCUCUCUGCCGCUUGACCUAGCAUCCCCGGUGACCCCUGACCCCGCGGCGCCAGUCACACGCGCCCCGGAGCCUCGGGACCCGACUGAUGUCUUGGCUUCUCCCACUUCCGGCCUCAACAGCGAUUCCGCAACGGACGCUGCCAACAGAAACGGCGAGCAGGAUGCCCGGCCGACCCCCGAAAAAGAUUCCCCACUCUUGACGGCGUCGCACCUUCCGCCCUCGGUGCCUCACUCUGCCCACCGCAAACGCAAAGAACACGCCGACGGCAAGGAAGGGGGCGAACAUGAUCCCAAAGUCAUCAGGUCUACAAAAGAGAUUGUUGGAGACUUGGACAGUAUUCGACCCAAGUUGCCCGCCUAUAACAAGGACUUCCUAAGCAGUCCAGCCGACUCUCUGGAAUCUCCAGACGACGACUUCCCAUCUCUCCUAGACGAUGACGACGAACCAGCAACACAGAGCCCCGAAGAAAGCAGCUGUGUAUCAGCCCAAGACAACUGGGAGACUGGGGGCGAUAGUGAGACGAGAGAAACUCAGGGCGACGAAGACCACGACACGCACGAGGAAAGGCGCCUCAAAGAGAGGUCCUUCCCAAGGGUGUUCCCGCAGUCCUCCAGACGCACAAGACGAAGGACUAAGAAGAGACAUCACUCCCACAGUCCACAGGAUGGUGGAAUGCGAUGCCAGUCUUCAGAAGAAGAAGAAAGAGCACCUUCUUACUUAUCUUCUCUUACCUCAGAGGAUGACGAACCAACACGUUAUGAUCCAGUACCAACCGAUGUUACACCCUGCCAGCCAAUACCAAUGAGCAUUAAGACUCCUCAGGAGCCCUCCUUAGUCUUGAGUGAGCUGUUAGAUGCUAACGAACCUGUAACGAGUGACCGUGGCUCAUGGGGAUUACGUGGUGAUAAAUCUCAUUGUGACACAUUCCACCGCACUGCGCCUAGAUACAGUCGUUUUGAUGAUGAAAGCCCAAUUCAGAGCAGCUGGUAUCGUAGCAGCGAUGACGAUGUCAUGUUAUCCCCACGCUCAUCACAAGCUUUCAUUGAUACUACAGGAGCACCUCCAGGUCCUGGCGAUCAUAGCCCACCCCCUGGACAAAGUGCUGUGAAAAUCCUUAUGAAAAAUAUUAAUUCUAUCAAAAAGAAAAUUAAGCGUUAUGAAGAAGAAUUUGAGGCAGCUUUUGGAUACCGACCAUCUCAUAGUGAAAAGAUGAAGGAUAAGAACAUUAAGAAAAGUAUGAGCGAGUUGAGCAAGGCCCGAAAAGAACUGAAACAAAUGAAAGAUGAUGUGGCUGGCCUCAUGACUGUACCAACUGUAUUUCCACUUUCGUUACUUCGAUGCCAGGAAGCCACCAAUCCUAGUGCAAGGACUACUGCCCCAACAUCAUGUACUGCUGAUACUAUUAGGCAAGUUGAAGACAGGCUAAGAGAGAAGAGAACAGCAGUAGGACGACCAUCUGACCUGAAAAAUAUGAAUACUGCUGAAAUGCAAGAAGAAAAGACUGCUCUACAGAAAGCUCUUCUUUACUAUGAAUCUGUCCAUGGAAGACCAAUCACAAGAGAAGACAGAGAUUUGGCAAGACCUUUGUAUGAUCGCUACCGGCAAGUCAAGAGAAUAGUCAUGAGAACAGGUUCUAGAACUAAAGAAAACCUUGUUGAACUUGCCCCAAUAUUAGAACAUGAAGCCAUGGACUUUACUUUAGCCUCUCCUCAACAUCGUGGUUCGUUACAAGAUGAAAAUGAAAAACCUGUAUCCUUACCACCUUCUCCUCCUACAACUCCACCUGUAUUUGACACGUCACCUGUAUUUGACUCUCCUCGUUCAACACCUACUCCAAGUGAUGAUCCCAAAACUGGUAGAGCUUUGGGUGAUCUUCAUGCUCUUCCACUAAGUGAACUCAGAGAAAGAAAGAAGGAAGCCCGUGAAGAAAAGAAAAAAUUAAGACGGGCUCUUCGGGAAUUCGAAGAAACUUUUGAGCGAGAAUUGGGCCGCAAAGUACAGAAAGAAGAUAGAGGGCCCAUGGAGCAAACAUACCUAGAUUACAAGCAUGCCAAGGCUAAGCUUCGACUUCUUGAGGCUUUACUUUCAAAGCAUGAGCCCCAGAAGGUUUGAAAACAUUGCUGUCAUGUGUUUGGUAUGAGCUUAUUUUUGUUGUAAUGCUGUUCAACAACAGUACUCUUGAGCUUCUUUUAUGUGGUAGGAUGGUACCAAAAAUAAGUUUUGGUAAUUUCACUUGGUAUAGUCAUAUUCAGGAUUUGGUAUGCUGUAUUUCAUUGAUAUUUUUCUUCACAGUUUUACUUUUAUCUCUUGAAGUGCAGCUAGGAGGAUGUAAGGGUCUGGAAGCAAGAGAUUUAUCUUAGUAGUAUGUGUUCUGUUUUGUUCAUGUAAACACAGAUGGGUCAUGCAUGAACUGUGAUAGUUUUGAAAGUUCCCGUAGAAGGUUGUUAACUGAAGAAUUCCUAGUUUUCUUGAUAGGAUUACAAUACUAACCUCUUAGAAUUAAUAAUAAGACCUCAAGAUAAUUUUUAGUCAAAUUAUCAUUUAUUCUGUAAGUUGGGGUAUGAAAAAUUAUUUAAAAGUAAUUUUGUAAGGUAAUUUACAAAAAUCGUUUUUGUUAUAAAAUGCCAAGAACUGCAUUUCAGACUUCCAGUGCUUUCUGUAUAAAAGCUGAAUUGUGCUAAGUGUAAGGUACCUGAAUGUAGCAUUAAGGUACAAGAGCUGUGUGGACCCUUGGGGCAUGUCAUUCUAAUUAUUUUGUGAAACUGGGAAAAUUAAUUUUGCAGUAUACCCUUGCUCUUUUGUUACUUUCAGUAGAACUCUGGUGUAAAAAACAAUGGCCUUUGAAAUAAAAAAGAAAUCUUGAGGAUUACAAUGACUUGUGUAAGAAAGAACUUUAGAAUUUUUAAGAACCCAAAUACUGUACCUAGAGUUUGUUUGGAUGCUUGACAGUAUGUGUAUAUCCUCACUAAACAUACCUUGUAUGCAUUUACAAUUUGUAUUCUUUACGUGUUGGGCAAAUAUACCCUAUCACUUGUAGAUGAUGUAGCCUAUUUUAUAUGCCAUCAUUCUGGUGAAAACAUCAGGCAUGAAGGCAGAGUGUUCCAUAUUUGGUAGAUUUUAAUGUACUGUACAUGUUCUACACAAGAUUGAGCCACAUGUCAACAUCAGUGCAUUGGAACGUCAUUGUUGUCACAACUGUAUAUCUUUUGUAAGGAAUAUAUAUAUAUUGUUUGAGGAACCAAGAAGUUUGGUGAAUGCAGUUGCAUAUGUUGUCUUUAAAGUGGUCUGGUUUGUAAAAUACUUUAAAGAGGUGUUUGUAUAGCAUGCUAUAUAUUGAUGGUUUUGACUUAGACAUAUGUACACUAAUAUUCUAGUUAUGCCUUAACAAAUACAUUAAAAAUAUUUUACUUGAAUAUGUUCUGCUUACAUUGUAUUAGUAAUGAUGCAAAUGCAUUCACUCCUAAACCUCGAGUGAAAUUUUGUAACAGGCUGUAGGGUAUAAUAGUCUUUGCAUUCACAAGUAGGACAUGAUCUAAAAUUACAAUCCCAAUUAUGACACAUUAUACAGUACUAUGCUUGCCUCUAGUUCAAUACAGCUUCAAAUUGCCUGUUGUUACUUUGAUAUGAAUAAGUAGAUGAAUAAUAGUAUUACAUAUAUAUAUAUAUACACAUGCAUGUGUAUGUAUACAAUAUACAUAUAUAUAUGGUUAUGUGUAUGUUAUUUCUAGAUUGUGAAUUGGUCUUGUACCUGUUAGGCUGUAUAUGCAGUUACUAGAAGAUAUACUGCACUUUAUAAACAAAAGGUAACUAUAUAUAUAUAUAUACACAUAUAUAUAUAGUGUAUAUAUAAAUGUCAAUACACACAUACAUAUAGUACUGUACAUGUAGUGUAUAUGUAUAUAUACAUUUAUAUAAUUGAGUAACAAACUCCAAUUCAAAUAAACACUAAUAUUGGAUUUACAUUGAAAUGGGGAUUGUUGUUUGUUUAUAUGUACUUUUGUAUGUGUGUAUAUAUAUAUAAAGCAAUUGUGGUGUUUGCUCAAAGCAAGGAUUUUACUUUUUCCUCAAAAGAUAUUUUUCAAAACUUAAAUCUAGAUUAUGCCUCUGUAAUUAACUUUCUUAAGGCAUUGAUUAUGAAGCAUUAAUAGAAAACAUUGUUUCUAUGUAGAAGGUUCAUAUGAAGCUGCUUGGCAGAAGUUCCUAAUGUGCUUGUAAUAAAGAAGAAUAGCAUACUAUACAUAUUUGGAAACAUCCCUAAAUUAAAGAAAAAUCUAUAUUUAUACAGACUGGAUGAUUAGUUGCUUGAUGGUAUUGUCAUGGAAUUGAAAUAAAUUGGUUUAGUAAAACUGCUUAGUCAUUUGUCUUUAAUCUGGUAUAGGCUAGUUGUAACCACAGUAGUUGGACAAGAAACACACUUGACAAAAAUUAGAUAAUGUCAUUCAUUGACUGAAACUCCAUAAACCUCAUCAGCUUUGCUUCAUAUUUGCUUGUGAAUGCAAUUUUGAAUAUUUGAAAAAUUUGAAGAGGUCCAAGUUACAAAGACUCAUUUUAUAUAGAUUAACAAUAAACUGAAUGAGCAACUAA